AUGGAAGCCAGAUUUGAUGGGAACUCUGAACUGGUUGCAGAGUUGGUUACCAUUAAUGGAUUUAAAGCUGCUUAUGCAAUCAAGGAUGGUGCAGAAGGACCGAGAGGAUGGAAGAGUAGUGGUCUUCCUUGGAUAGCACCAAAGAAGACAUUGAGUUUGGAUAAUCUUGCUGAUGCUAUAUCUGAAGCAAUUGGAGAUACAUCUGAUGGCGUGGCUGUUACACUUGGGAUUGCUGCUGCUGCUGCUGGACUGAGUCUAUUAGCUUUUACUGAGAUAGAAUCAAUUCUCCAAGUUGUAGGAUCUGCUGCACUCAUUCAGUUUGCAAGCAAGAAGCUUUUAUUUGCCGAGGACCGAAAGCAAACUGUGCAACAACUUGAUGAGUUCUUGAACACCAAAAUUGCCCCUAAAGAACUUGUUGAUGAAAUAAAGGACAUUGGAAAGGCUCUUCUACCUAUCUCUACCACUAAGGCUCUUCCUGCUCCAGAAGAUAAAAGUUCAGAGCUUGCUACAGCUAAUAGCAGUGUACAGACAGCAGUAGCUACUCCAGAGACCAAAGCCGAUGCAGUUACUCCUGCAGUAAACUCAGUACCCAAAACUGAAAUCAAGGCAGACUCAAUUCCUAAGCCACCAAGGCCACUUUCACCAUACCCAUAUUAUCCAGAUUUCAAGCCUCCAACAUCUCCUACCCCUUCACAGCCCUAG